AAGUUUCAAAUUAAAAUUCAUUCCCUUUCCCCCUUGAAGUAAAAUCAAAACCCUAAACCUGUGAACCGGAGCUUUCUUCCGACCAUCGUUUUGCUGUCCCCUUCAGUUUUUCGGCUAUCCGACUGCCGGAGUUUCGAUUGCCACGACGGAGCUGGACGCAGGGCCAGUAACCAGGCUCUUCUCCUGUAAUGAUCAUCGAGAACAGGUCGAAUUGAAUCGAUCUGUAGUAGCUUCUACUGGCGAGCUAUGGACAACAACAACAACAACAGCCGCAGCAAUGGCAGUUCUGGGGGACCUGUAAAAACGCGCCGUCAAGAUGGUACUGCUGAUACUGAUAGGUUAAGCCAUCUUCCGGAAACCCAUUAUUCAUCACAUCCUUUCAUUUCUCGACACCAAAGCCGCCGUUCAGACCUCUGUGUUGUCCCCGAAUGUGGAGGUUCGCGUGGAAGCACGUCCCAGCACUCCAUUUUCGUAGUGAUUCCUUUGAGCAGCAUUCGAGCUUCCAAGAGGUAUGUGGAGAAAGUUUUGUCUCUCCGCCAUCCCUUUAAUGUCCGCAAGAUGACCUGCAUUGACUUUGCCAUUGAACGCCCCUUGGCUAGGGAUCGGGAACGAUACAUUAGUCCGUUGGUCCGGAUGAUCAAAUACGCCUUGUGUCACAAUACUCAACAUUUAGAUAUCACUAUGGGUUAUUUGCAUACCUACAGGGGAAAAUGUUACGGAUUCUCCGAGUUGUUUGGCACAAUCUUGGACUGGAACCUCGAGAGUCUGGAGCUGUGUUGCGUUGCAAUCGACCGUGGAUUUCUAUCUUCAGAUUUUCGAUUGCUGACGACUCUGUAACUGAAGAAUUGCCCAUUGGCUCCUGAUCAGGACGGGGACUCUGACCCUUUCUCUGGCUGUCCAUGUCUGAGGGAUUUGGUCCUGACUCAUUGCUCGCAUUUGGACCAUGACUUUGACGGGUUCUGAAAGGCGUCUCAGGAUAUCUGGACCACAAUUGCUUAGCUUGGAAUUGGGGUAUGUUCAUUCUUAUGAGAUGGAAAUAGUUGCUCCAAGACUCAAAUCCUUCCGAUUUGAGCAGUUCUUUUGCAAUCUUAACUUCUCCGAGUUAAGCUUCCCAUCCCUUGGAUCAUGCUGUGAUCCUGGUCAAGGAAGAUGGCGGUUACAUGGAGCGUUACGUGGAAUCCCCGAUACAAAGUUUGAUCUCACUGUUCCAGGCUUCAAGUAAUGUAGAUACUCUCAGGUUGGAUUCUGAAACCAUCCAGAUACUGGAUGAUAUGUCCGACUUUCUGGAACAACAACCCUCUCCCUUCACGAGAUUGAAGUCCUUGAUCGUGAAGGCUGACAGUAUACCUUACGCACUGGCCAGUUACUUUCUUAAAGGGUCUUCUGGUGUCAAACCACGUAUUGAGUUUCCAUAGCGUAUUGGUAUUGGUAACCUUCUUAUAUCUUACCAUAGUUUCUUGUUGUAGUAUGCAAUAGUUUGCUGUUUGUUUCUACUUUCAGGUCAUGUGGUAACAGAUCUAUGCUUUGUCUAGGUAAUUCAGAGAAAUUAUUUACUGCGAUAUGAAUUGCAUUACCAAAUACCAGUUCCUUAAAGGGCCGUGGUCAGUUACUUUCUUAUUACAGUAUUCUCUAGUCUAGUGCAUUAUCAGUGUUAAACGAGCUAGUAGUUGACCGCUUUGUCAUGGUUUCUGUUUGUGUUGCGCUAGUAGAGGGACAGGGUUACAUCCUGUUCACAUUUUGGC